AUGUCCACAAACAACAAUCACGACCUCAGUGCGGAACAACCCCGCGACGCGAUCACAGCAGAGGAGAUAAAUGGCACAGAAACGCCCAAUCAACCUCAACCUACCAUGGACGUUGGCUCCCAAAAGCGUCCCAAUGCAUUCACAGAACUCAUGUCGCAAUCCAAGCGACCAAAACCACCAGAUGGCAUAGCCGCCGCCGACUCCCCAAGUACUACCAAGCAAGACGUCAAACCCUCCAAACGCUGGGACCCCCGCAAUGGACUGGGUGUAUACAUCGAAACCCCCGAGACAAACCCCGAAGGAAGAGUCUUAGAAUACGACGACGACUUUGUCGUAAUAACUGACAAGUACCCAAAAGCAAGCAUACACCUUCUCCUCAUUCCACGAAAACGCACCUACUAUUCCCAACACCCCCUGCGCGCCCUCUCCACCGACACCGCUUUCCUCGACACAGUAAGAACACGCACCGCGCAUCUGGUAGAACUAGCAGCAAACGAACUCCGCCGCCAAUACGGCGAGGGCAGCGCCUCAGAUGCGCCGUACAACACCGCUCUCGAAUCCCUCAUGUCCGGCCCCGACCCACCAUCGCCAUCCAAGCGGGCCGCUCUACUUCCACCAGGCCGCGACUGGACCAAAGAAAUAGUGACGGGCGUGCACACGCAUCCGUCCAUGAAUCACCUGCACAUCCACGUGUUUAGUCGCGAUAUGCAUUCACCAUGGAUGAAACACAAGAAGCACUAUCUAAGUUUCAACACCAGUUUCCUGGUGCAAUUGCACGAGUUCCCGCUCGAAGAAGGCAGUGCGAGAUUUCACCCGCGAGACUGGCCGAGCUGGGACAUGAAGUGUUGGCGAUGCGGACAGAAUUUCAAAAACAAGUUUGCGGCGCUGAAAUCGCAUUUAGAAGAGGAGUUUGAGCAGUGGAAGAAGGAGUGA